ACAAUGCAGUUCCUCGUCUGGCUCAAUUUGCUGCUUCUCCUUCCUUGUUUUGGUACCACCAAAACCUGCUUCCCUGGCUGCCAUUGUGAAGUGGAAAGCUUUGGUCUCUUUGACAGCUUUAGCUUGACCAAAGUGGACUGCAGUGGAAUAGGCUCACACAUUGUUCCCGUCCCAAUCCCUCUGGAUACUUCCUACUUGGAUCUAUCAUCAAACAAACUGGAAACAAUCAAUGAAUCAAUGCUUACUGGCCCUGGAUACACCACCUUGGUGAGCCUUGACCUGAGCUACAACAAAAUCGCCAAGAUUUCCUCUACAACCUUCUCCAGACUUCGGUACCUGGAGUCCUUGGAUCUGAGUCAUAACUCUCUGGAAGUCCUCCCGGAGGACUGUUUCUCCAGUUCUCCUUUGGGUGACAUCGAUUUGAGCCAUAACAAGCUUUUGGAUAUAGCUAUGGACAUUUUUGCUUCCAAAGGUCAAGGAAAACCCCUGAAUGUGGAUCUAUCCAAUAAUAUGCUCAGCACAAUUACAAGGCACCGAGAAAAGAGCGUCCCCAACAUCCAGAACUUAAAUCUUUCUGGAAACAGGCUAACAUGGGUGCCAAACCUUCAAGGCAUUCCUCUCCGAUACUUAAAUCUUGACGGGAACCCUCUAGUCAAGAUUGAGAAAGGCGACUUCACGGGGCUGAAAGAUUUGAUUCAUUUAUCCCUCAGUGGCCUGCGUGGCUUUGGGGAGUUAUCUCCUUAUAGCUUCAAGGAACUACAAGCCCUUCAAGUACUGGAUUUAUCCAGCCAUCCCAACUUGAAGUCAUUGACUUCUGAAGUUAUCUUUGGUCUGAACUCCCUACAAGAGCUUAACCUCUCUGGGACCGGUGUGUCAUCCUUGCCAAGGACUGUGUUGAAGUAUUUGCCUUCCAUCAAAAGCAUCACCUUGGGGAAGGACAUACAGUGUCUUAAGACCAUUAAAGAAGGACAGUACCAUCGACAAAUUGGGCAGACCAAAAAAGAGGUCCUCAGUUGCCAUGACAGCCACGGGGCCAUAGCGACAGCACCUUACGUUUCAUGA